ACAAAUUUCAAAAUUUCGACUCCAUUCGUCGUCGACCAACGCCUAUUCGAUUCUCUUAACGCUCGUAGCCGAAAGAGAGGAGAAGCAAAGGAAGAACAACAAGGAACGUUCAGAGUAGCGUUUGCUUUAAUUCCAAUCCACCUUUCGCGUUUGAGAUGAAAGGAGGAAAGUCGAAAACUGAUUCGAGGAAAGCCGAUAGCAGGCUUGCUGUGAAGAAGCAGACAAAGAAGGAGAAAAAAGCCGCAAAGGACCCGAACAAGCCAAAGAGGCCACCAAGUGCUUUCUUUGUUUUCAUGGAGGGGUUCAGGAAGCAAUUCAAGGAAAAGCACCCCAGCAACAAAUCUGUUGCUGCUGUUGGCAAAGCUGGUGGUGAGGAGUGGAAGUCAAUGACCGAGGAGGACAAAGCUCCCUUUGUGGAAACGGCAGAGAAGCGCAAGGCAGAGUAUGAACGCAAGAUGGAGGCAUACAACAGAAAAUUGGCUGGAGACGAUGGUGAUGAGGAGUCUGACAAGUCGAAAUCAGAGGUUAAUGAUGAGGACGAUGAUGGAAGCAGUGGGGAGGAAGACGAUGAUUAGACACACCACCCUGCACCUGGAGAUGGUUAUCUGCUGCAAUACUUGAUGACAUUAUAUUUUAUAGCUUUUCUCGAGUUUGACAUUGUAUAUCGUAUCCUAUGCUUUAUUUACCUGGGAACUUAUUUUGUAAUAUGGGAUUUAGCUUUUAUACCUCUUGUCAAAACUAUGAAUAACUUCUGAUGCAUCAAGAUUUAGCUUUUUCUGAUAUACAAUAGCUCGACCCGAGCGUUGAACUCCUUUA